AUUUCAGGAAUACAGGAAGGUUACAAAUAAACUGAACGUAGUUCGAAUCCCAUUCAUCGCUUAUUUGUCUCACUUGUUUAUCAGUACACAAUUUGAAAAUUUCUUGUCGUUAUGAAAUUCGCUUGCGUUCAACGGUUUUCAAGUAAAUUGAAGAAGUUUCGCGAGCGUAUAAACGUAACGCACUAGAUUUUAGCAAGAAAAGUUGUGACGACUUUCUUACCCAGAAAAUGACGCAGUUUGUUAUAACCUUCGCGUUUUCCGUCGGAUUGGAGCCAAGAGUCGAUGUCACAGAAAAACGGAAUAAAAAGUUGAAAGCUCAUACUAAGGAGCGAAAAAGUCGUAAAAGUUUUGUUGUGGAUCACGAUGCUGUUAAAAAUAUCAUUGGCGUUGGACAAAUCUUGGCUGAUAUACAUAUCGAAUAUGAACUGGUUCCUGGUUUUAGAUUUGCACUUGACUGUUGCUGUUGGGACAAUGCCGCGAAGAUUUAUAUGAAUGGUAUGACAUGCAUUCUGAAACCUUUGUUAAUUGAAGACAAACUUUGGGUUGUAUUUUCGAUAUAUCAUUUGACGAAUUUAAAUGAGAUGCAAAUGCGGAAGCUUUUUAAUCAUACUCUUACUUUUCAAGUAUCGGCUGGAAAAGAAAGAUUUUCAGAAAAAGCAAAAAAUGAUAGGCCACGACACUUCUUUAUCGACGACAGCUCCUUAGAAAAAAAUCCUGCAGAUAUGUUUAUAGAGUUGUAUCCGUUUGACGAAGAUAAUGGAAUUCCAAUUUUCGAGAAGACUGACUUUCCCGAUUUCCCAGAUACUACGGAUAAUGGGAUUUAUAACUACGAAGUUCCAAAUAUCAAUAUCCAUAUCAAAGCCCUACCCGAUCCUAUUCAUCAUCGUUUAUUCUGGAAGAUGAUUAGAAAACCAUUGUUUGUUCCGGAACCUGCUAUCAUACCGACCGAGCAAUCGAAAAAUACUGUCAAGAAUGUCCAAACAGAAAAGAAGUUAAAAUUAAAAAAAAUGGAGAAGCCAAAAACAAUGGUACACGAGUUGUCGUUUGAAGCCCAAAACUUUUUUUCUGAAAUGACUCCGAUAAUUCGAUAUCUCAAUACAUCAGAAAUAUCUGGUCCAUCUCGUAUCAUUAUUUAUUCAUCCUGCAGUGACCUUUUGACUGAUAUGGAUAUGAGAUUACGAUUAAAUCCUUUAUCCAUAAAUGUGGAGAAACUCUUAAACCUGCCAGACGAUUUAUUAAUACAAGAUGGCUUUUAUGGUGUUCAGGCAAGAGUACACUUUCUCGAUCGAGAAAUAGUCAGUCCGUAUUUCAAACCAGAACGAAAAAUUUCUAUGAGAUUUAUAAAUUCUUUUUUAUGUGAGGAAUUGGAUUACAUGAAAUUAAUUAGUGCCCUUUCCCAUGACGUACUUAUUGUUCAGAUUUUUGGAAUAUUUAAUAACUCAAGAUCCCGAUUAGAGUCAUCGAUUUUCGGUACACGGGUAUCAGAUGCUGAUAUUUCAAAGCCGAUUGAUUCACGUGAAACCUAUAGAGAUUUACAAAAAUCUCACGAGGUCUUAUUGGGUGUGGCAACAUUUGAUCUCUCUGAUCUUCUAAACGGUUACUGGGAGAUCAGCGCUACAAACAGCUUGUUUCAUCCCAAUACCUUUAACAGUAUAGGAUUUCCGUCUUUAUCCUGCGAUACUUUAACAAGACCCAUUAAUUCCAACAUCUUUACUACAUUUAGAAACAAAUCCUCGUUAACCCCGGAUGUUUUAUCAUUACAUAGUACUUCCAUUAGGAUCAGAGUUCGCCUGGCAGGAAGCUUGCGACCUGCCAUGCGGGAGAUAUUUGAGAAAGGAGAAUUUUUCAAUAGAAUAUUUCUAAUUCUGAAGAACAGGACUCUCAGCAUGGAGAUCCUCAAGGGUGUCUCGGAUCAUAACCAUGAAAUUCUUAACAGUCACGUUUCGCCAGGAACUUCAGAAUCCACGUGGAACGGACUGGCAGAGCAAUAUUUCAAGAAUAAAAAUGAAGCUGAUUCCAAUUCUAUGGAUUUUACUGCUGUCUUGACUGGUUACACAAUUGAUACCAUUAAUGAGAUAUUUAUUUUCCUGGAAGGUCCAGCAAAUUCCUACUUGCUAACUAUCUGGAACAAAGUGAUGCAUUUACCUCUCACAGAUGGAAGAGUUCUCUUUCAGAGUGACUUCAUUUUUCUCACUCGCCUCUACAGUAAAUUUAUAUCACUCGGUGGAGUGUACACAUUGACCCUCGAUGACUCCAUAGAAGAUCUAUUAAAAAAUGUAGCUUUUUACGUCGAUGGAAAAUUUCCUGAACCCUGUAGAAGAGCUAUUAGAACGAUAGGCCUAGAAAUAUUCACCAGUAGUGUAAGAUCCAUGUGUCAAACAAGGAUGUACCCAAGUCUAGAGGCUUUAGAAUGUCUUCAGGAAGUGUUAGGAGGUGUUAGGAGUUUACAAACCGAUUUAAAAUAAGGCACUAAGAACAUCAG